AUGCCAGAUAAUUCAUUGAAAAGAAAGAUAGUCAUAGUGGGAGAUGGAGCAUGUGGGAAAACUUCGUUGUUGUUUGUAUUCACAUUAGGAGAAUUUCCUACUGAAUACCAUCCCACAGUAUUUGAGAACUAUGUCACGGAUUGCAGAGUCGAUGGAAAAGCAGUUCAAUUGGCCUUAUGGGAUACGGCUGGACAGGAAGAAUACGAAAGAUUGCGUCCAUUGAGCUAUGCCAAUUCGCAUGUAAUCUUGAUUGGCUUUGCUAUAGAUGUACCUGAUUCAUUGGAUAAUGCUCGAACAAAAUGGGUCGAGGAAGUCACCAAAUACUGUCCUAAUACACCUUAUCUAUUAGUUGGAUUAAAGAAGGAUCUUAGAGUGGAAUCCUCUAAUAAAACAAAGUUUGUCCAAUUUCAUCAGGGCGAGAUAGCAGCCAAAGAAAUGCAUGCUAAGAAAUACUUAGAGAGUUCGGCAUUAUACGGCGAGGGUGUAGACGAUAUAUUCGAAUAUGCGACAAGAACAAGCUUGUUGGUCCAAAAGGCUAAUCAAACAUGCUGUACUAUUUUAUAA